UUUCUCAACUAUCAGAAGUCGCGUGCUCAUCCUGCAAAAGGAUGUCUGUUCACAACGUUGCCUCGAAAAGUUCGGAAAAGCUGCUGUACUUUGGGUUUUUGGUUCUGGUUCGUUCAGUCUUAUGUCAUGGGUUUGAGUUCAAUCCAGGCUCUUAUGAUUUUGGGUCUGUGAUACUGGAGCCUCUGGAGGCGUUGAGAAGAUACGUGGAGUCCAUUGUUGGCACCCAUGUGAUUGAGAUUUGUAUUGAGAAUGCUGUGUUGUACCUUGACUCAGUGUUUGGCCCAGAGAACAUCUAUUCUGUUGCUAUGUUUGUGGAAAUGUUGCUGAAGUUUGUUGCUGAAGGAGCCGCCAGUGGGCUGAACGUCAUUGCUGUGUAUGUGUCUGAGAUACUCAGAGCUACAGGAGUGAACGAGACAAUAUCUAUCCCUCAUUUCACCUCCGAGGGAGUGUCUGCUGUGACCAAGUGUGCUGUGCUGGCUCUGAUUGGUUACUGGCUGCUGUCCUUCCUGCUGCGGGUCACUGUGGCGCUUGUGCGGAGAGUGUUCUGGCUGAUUAAAGCGGUUGUAGUGCUGUGGCUGUUUGUGCGGAUCGUCGGUGACCCCGUCACCCCCCCUGAGGUCACCACAAUGAGACUCACCCUGCUAGUGCUAGUCUGUGCUGUGUUUGGAGUCGCUACGAGCAGCGGAGGAGGAGGGAGUCUGGAAACCCGAAUCAGCAGUCUGGAGGGUCGAGUCAAAGGCAUGGAAAAGAAGAAAAGAGAGUGAUGAGCAGAUCAAAACAAGUAUACGGAUACGGACUCACGAUAACAGAAGGAUGAGGACUCAGGGAUGACAUUCUGAGUGUUUCAUGUAACUUUCAAGCAGCCUUAGGAGUAUUUAUGUCUGAUUUAUCCUGCUUUGAAUAUAUUGCAUAAUUCACUGGACCAGAAAAGGAAUUGCUUUAUUUUCUCUGUAAAGCAAGAAGACAAAACUCCACCAGAAAGCUCUGUGAAUUUCAUGUGGUAUAAUUAAAGCUAUCCUUGAAUGUUGCCUGUUGCUUUAUGACUGUCAUUGCAUGAACAUAUUAAUGUUCAGUUCAACUGUACAACAACAGUAACAAUACGAAAUCAACACAAUGAAGACACUGAUUAGGGAAACACAUAGAUCUAUGCUGGCAAUGUCUGACUGGACUAUAGCCUACAUUUGAAUGUACUCUGGCCUUUUUUGACACAAUAUGGAUAAAAUGUAUUAGAUAUAUAUUUGCAUAUAACUAUCAUGACUGAAUAAAUCUGGAUAAUUUGCCUAUG